AAUCGUCACAACAUCUUUUUUUUCCAACAAAUUGCAAAUAAGAUUCUACCAUGAAUAUAAAAACAUAACCUAUACUACAAUUCAAAGUAAAAGGUAAAUUAUACGGCAUUCAUUUGCCGUGCAACUAGGAAGAGAUGAGCGAGGGCGAAGAAUCGGACAUUAGUCGAUACUUGUGUUUAUCUCCAGAGACGUCACUGGAGGAGCGGUCAUCUGCCACCAAGCGUCCGGCAGCUGAGGGGGAUGGGUGGGAGGAGGAGGAGCCUAAGAAAAAAAUAACUUUUGGUCUCGGCAAGCCUCAAGUAAAGGGCUCUGUGGGAGCUCCUCUCACAACCAAGAAACCAAUUGCUGGCAUCUCAAUCAAACUUGGUCAGACACAGAAGCCAGUUUCCCAGGCAGGGGCCUUAGCAGUGAAGCCCAAGGUUGGGUCAGCUGCAGCAGUAUUUGGCAGUGAAGAUGAUGAUGAAGAUGAAGAAAUGCCCCCAGAGGCCAGAAUGAGAAUGAAGAAUAUUGGAAGGGACACGCCAACCUCUGCAGGUCCCAACAGCUUUGGCAAAACAAGAAUGGGCUUCUGUGAUUCCAAGAAGAUUUAUGAGAAACAGCUUAAAGAUGUGCAGGACAGAUCAAACAAAUUAGAACAAGAUGGAGUGUAGACUACUUAUGUAAAUCAGCCAGAAGUGUGAAGUGUUGCAAUUGAAGUAUUACCUUGACUUGUUUACAUUAGUUUAGGUCUCGUUAUUCAGCAUGACCAUUCCCUCAAUUUUUUUUAUGCACUUUCUUGUUGGAGUUUUUGAAGUGAAUCAUGAAUAAUGAUAUUCCAGUUUCAGCACUAAUGAACAUGAUGUUGGCUAGCAGGUGUAUGUCUUCUCUGAUUUAAGCCAGGAUUUAGUUUCUCCAAGCAGUGGUUAAUUUAUCAAAGUUAAAUACAAAUAUUUGCAGGGAUGUUACCUCUUAUUGGUCAAUUUUAAUAAACUGAUGUAUAGUGUGAUAGUGUACUAUGUGGCAGAUAUAAUUUGUUUUCUUUAAGCAAUGUGAACAAGACAGCUUUUCCAGAUAAUUUUGUAUUAAAAACUGGUAAAUAUAGCAAACUAGAGACUUUGUACCCAUGUGAAGUUUUAUUUCAGUAGUGUGUACCUGUAUGCCAUAUUAUGAAUCUUACUGCAGAUUCCUAGUUUCAGGUAGUGGUUUGAGCCUUUUGAGAUAUUACUUCAAAUUAAUAUACAACUUUUUUUUUUUGUAGAAUUUGGUGAAUUGUCACAUUUAAUAUUUCAAUAAUUGAGAAAUAUUAUUUUAAACCAUUAUUCAGAAUUACAUUCUUUGAACAAAUUGUUAAGUGGGGACAAAGAAAAUCUAAAGGAAAUGUUAAUGGUUGAUGACUGUACAGUACUAGGAACAGCACUCUAAAGGCCAGAUUCUGUAUGGAUUCAGAUGCAAGGAACUUGAAUGUUGUUAAUGAAUUCUGUAGUGAUGGAUGGACUAGUAUUUUAUAACAAGUAUUUUAUCCCUGUAGAUUCAGCUAUUGUAUUUUAUUUUUUGGCUUUUCCCUACAGUAACUACAUCUGGUAGUCUGGGUUUAGUCAGUGAGUUUACAUGGUAUGAAUAGGCAUACAUUUUUGUAAAUAUGUAAUUACCUCACAUUAUAAUACCAUGUCAGAGUAUAAAUACUUUGUAAAUGGUAUUUGUGUAUAUGCUUUUUCAAUGUGACCAUCACUUGGGAAGAUCGUACACCUUCCUGGUUUGCUGUCAAUGGCAGUAAUUUGAAAUUCUAUAUUUCUAGGGACGAGUAUAUUGUUACAAAGUCAAAAAGAAUGCAUAUCAAAUGCGUAUCUUUGAAGCAUUUUUUAAUGUCUUGAAGCGUAUUCAUCUGGAGCUGGAAAGAUCCUAGCAUAUUAAUAUGCUGGAAAGAUCCUAGCAUAUUAAUAUAAUUGAGUUUUCAACUAAGUAAAAAUAAUUGUGUGAUUUUUUUAAAUUCCUAUAAAAUGUUUCAACAUCAAGUUCAAGUUCAAGUAUGUUUGUUGAGAUAAGCAAGAAAUACAUCUCAAAGGGAUAGAGUAGCUUAGGCUAUUUCUACCCCCCUGGAACAACAUUAUUGUAUUUCAUUUGUAAGAAAUAUAAUUAGCUCAGGCAGCAUACUGUUUGGAUUGAAAUAUCUGCUGUUAUUACGUCAGUAUAUCUAUUAACAUAGGUCAAUUAAAAAACAUCAAAGUCCUCAUCCUGUAUAAUUAUUGUAUCACUACUGUGAUAGAUCUAAUUUCUUUUAGUGAAAAACUUGAGUUUUCACCUGUACAUUGUUAUGUAUUUUGUAUUUUUUGGAUAUUACCACAAGAAUGCAUAACCAAGUUUUCUUCAAUACCGAAACACAGAUUGACAUAAUGCAGUGUUAUGAAGUAUUUUUGGGCAAUGUAUUUCCAUGGUACUAAUUUACCUUAUAGAUGACAUGGUUUUCAUUUUCUUAAAACUAUAAAUACCUUUCAUUGUUUUGCAUAAAAAUUUUAUGCUUGUGCCUGUGUUAAAGGGCUGUAAUAUAUUGUGAGCAAUUCACCUUAAAUAGUUAAUUUGUUGGAACCAUUUUAUAUGGCUUACCUUCAGUGUUAAAUGAACUCUUUAACUAAAAGGGGUUUGUUAAUUUUUUCAUUACUAGAUACUUUCAUAACAGCUUUCCUUAAAAAUGGUACAGUGUGAUCUCUCAUCAAUAAUGUGUGCUAGAGGAUGUCUGUAUACGAGUCUGCCAAAUAAUAGAGUUCUGGUACAAUUUAUUAUUAUUAUUUUUUAUUGGCAAUAAUAUGCCAAUUUUGUUUACCAGCUUUUGACACGUGUGAUGAAAAUACGUAUUUCAUUGCUACAUGCAAAUAUACAACAUGUAAUGCAUUUUUAAUGGAAAUAAAUACUGUACAAUAUGUUGGAAA